AUGGGUACAUCCUCCCCCCUUUUCUUUGUGUUUGGGUGGCACCACCUUGUAACAUGGUAUGCAGACAACAACAUCCCGGAGGAUUGGGUUGUCAAACCCACUGACAAAGGCUGGACAGACAACACUACUGGUCUGGAAUGGCUUAUGCACUUCAACAAGUGUACUGAGAACUGCAGGAUUGGUCAAUACUGUGUGCUGGUCCUUGAUGGUCAUAGGAGCCAUGUCACAGUUGAGUUUAACCAGUAUUGCAAGGAUCACAAUAUUGUCCCCCUCUGCCUACCACCACACUCAUCACACUAUACUCAGCCUCUCAAUGCCAUUGUCUUCAGGCCUUUGAAGCAGGCAUACUGCAACCAGAUGUCUUGGCUCUCACAGUGCAGCAUCACAAGCAUCACAAAGCCUGACUUCUUUGCCACAUUCCACACUGCAUUUGCAUUGGCAUUCACAGUUCAAAAUAUUAAGAGUGCAUUCUGA